UCUGAACGCUACCAUUUUGUGUUUCCGCUCGUAUGGACCACAGACAAUCGGAGUAAUUUUUUCUUCAGCCAUCUUUCCGGUUUCAAGAUGCCGCCCAAGAAGGAUGCGAAGUCCUCGGCCAAGCAGCCACAAAAGACCCAGAAGAAGAAGGAGGGAUCCGGUGGCGGCAAAGCCAAGAAGAAGAAGUGGUCCAAGGGAAAAGUCCGUGACAAGUUGAACAACCAGGUGUUGUUUGACAAGGCAACCUACGAGAAGCUGUACAAAGAAGUGCCCCAAUACAAGCUGAUCACCCCCGCCGUGGUCUCCGAGAGACUGAAGGUCCGCGGAUCCCUCGCCAGGAGGGCACUCAUCGAGCUUAGAGAAAAAGGUCUAAUCAAGCAGGUAGUGCAGCACCACGGACAGGUCAUCUACACGAGGGCGACAAAGGGUGACGAUCCCGUUGCGUAAGGUUAUGGAUAAGUUACAAAAAUAAAAAAUCACAAAAA